CAUCACGCGGCGGUCAGCAGGUGAAACGCAUUUACAUUUAUGCCCAAUCAUCUUAUACACAGAACUGGUAUUGGGUUAAUUAUAUUUACUCAGUUGUAACUUUCCGAAUUCGUGUUCACACAGUAAAGUGAAAUAGCUUUAACUACCAUUAAACCAUUGCGUAAUCACGCCGCGCUCUCAUUGGCCACUUCCACUCUAAGUCCCGCCCAUUGCCGCUUACGUCAGAUGACGCGUUCGCCAUUUUGGUGUUGAGGGAAUAUUGCUGCAAUAAAUCUCCAAUAAUCGCGCCUUCUGCGUUAAACUCGCGCUGUUGUUGACGGAGGACCGGUUUUAUUUUCGGUGUUUGUGUCGCGGGAAUCAUGUCAGAGAAUCCGGACACUCUGGAGCUGGAGUCUGAAGAAGAGAAGCAGGAUUCUCCAGAAAAGCCCUGUAACCCAGUACUGUCUGAAGAGGCCAAACUGAAGGAGAGAUAUCCGAACCUGGGACAGAAACCCGGCGGCUCGGACUUUCUGAUGAAGAGACUCCAGAAAGGACAAAAAUACUUUGACUCUGGGGAUUAUAACAUGGCAAAGGCCAAGAUGAAGAGCAAGCAUGUGGUGACGGCCGGAGCGGAUAAGAACCUGGUGACAGGAGACCAUAUUCCCACACCGCAGGACCUUCCUCAGAGGAAAGCCACGCCGCUCGCCAGCAAACUGGCCGGAUAAACACACACACACACACACACACACACACACACAGAAGCAGCUGCAGAGACGAGUGCUAGUGUUGCUCUUCUGCACAGCUGAACCUCUAGAGCAGAGCAGAUCCGAGCCGCUCACUAGGGUUGGGUGGUAUGACGGCAGGAAUGAUGAGACAUGACGGAGUAAUGUGAAAAUACAGAGCGGCCGCGUCCCAAAGCAGAGCUUGUGUUUGCUGCUCCACACGAAGCGGAGCUGUUGCUAGGCAACAUCGGAAUUCAUGUAGAAAUCAGAAUUUAGUGCGAAUUUGACAAAUAAUAAUUGCAAAGAAAGGACCAGUAACACACUGAAUUAAACACGAACGUUUGAAGUACACGGAAAAUACUAUAUUUCAGUCUUUCCACUUCAAACGCCGGUGUUUAAUGAAGCAUGUUAGAAUUUUUGUCAGUGUAAAAACAGACUGAAAUAGUAUUUUCUUGUAACAUUUAUUCCGGUAAUCUUUAUUUGCAACUUCAAAACUUUUUAUUUUAUUUUACAGUGUAUUGCUUUUUGUUUUGUUUUAUAUUAAUAAUAAUGACAAUAAUAAUAAUAAAUGAUCAUAAUAUGUUUUACUGUUUUGAGCUC